UCCGCGCUCGUGGCGAGGAGUGUGCGCUCUGCUUCUUCUCUCGGCCACAUGCUCUUCGGCCUCAAUCUCACGGAUUCGAGGUUCUGAGCAGCAGAAUUCUUCGGGAUUCGUCUUUUGGACAGUUUCACAGGUUCCAUCCUUUCGGAAAUUUUGAUUUUUUUCUCGGCAGGUUUCGGUGUCGUCGAGAGCUUGCUGCGUGCAGGGUUAAGGCAGUGCGAAUUCUACAGAGUUGGAAAGGGAUUCGAGGUUCAGUCGGCGGGUUGGUUGAUUUGCUCGAGGUGGGCACAGAGGGAUGUAUACAAAUGCGGGUUUAUCAGUGAGGCCUUGGGUGAUAUCGCAAACUGCUGUUGCAAGUACGUCUGUCACUCGCCUGUCCAAAUGGGCGUCAAUGGCUUCUCCACUUUUUUCUGCAGGGCUUUUGCCCACGCCCUCUUCGUCUCGUGAAAGCUGCAGAGAAGGAAGAAUAUCGGGAAAUUGUGAAUGGGAACGUCGUAGAAACAGUGGAAUCAAGCGCGUAGGGCUGUUGAGGGCCAAAUUGGGGCGCGGAGAUUUUGGUUGGAUUCGGAAGCAGAAUGGACUAGGGUUAGGAUUGCAGACACAGGUAAAGGAUGGCAGAGAUUUGCUUGUACCGAGUGCCCGCAGAGGAUUUUUGACGGAGCUGCAGAGUCUGAGGGAAGAGACAGAAAAUCCCCCUGGACCCGUGGAGUUUGAAUCACCUUUGGGUGUCAUAUUGUACCCUGAUCCUAGGUUGAGGAAAAAGAACAAGAAAAUAUCUGUCUUCGAUGAAAGAUUGCAGGAAUUGGUGACGGAGAUGUUCGACGUCAUGUACAAGACAGAUGGUGUCGGAUUGUCAGCUCCACAAGUUGGAGUUAACGUACAACUAAUGCUUUACAACCCUGAAGGAGAGAGGGGUAAAGGACAAGAAUAUGUGCUCGUCAAUCCUAAAAUUGUAAAGUACAGCAAGCAGCGAGACAUAUUCAAAGAAGGAUGUCUGUCGUUUCCAGAACUGGAAGCUGAUGUAGAGAGGCCCCUCAACGUUAGAGUUGAAGCUCAAGACGUGAAAGGCAAGAAAUUUGCCAUAAGUUUGAAAGGCUGGCAAGCACGCAUCUUCCAGCAUGAAUAUGAUCACCUGGAGGGUAUUCUUUUCCACGAUAGGAUGACCACGGAAGCUGUCAGCACAAUUUUGCCGGGCUUAGUGCAACUGGAAGAGGCAUACGAAAAGGCUAGUGGGCUUCCUGCCCCUGAGAAGGUCAACAGAGUGUGAUUGCACAGGUAAUCGAUAUUCCUCCUUGAUCGUGAUUUCCUACCCCAGGACGUCCUCUGAAUCCAAGUCACACUCAAAGAUUACUUAUUUACCCAUUAUACAAGCCGGGCAGGCUCAUGUAGAUCAACUAAAGUUUAUGUGGCUUAAACGCUGUCGCUCGACGAUUGGAUAUCAAGCUGUGGCGCGAUACAGGCAAUAAGAUGAAGAUCAACUGCUGGCGGUUUUAAUGCGCCGGUGGGGCUUCCGUAGUACUUGGAGAGCUUCUUCGCAAAGUCAUCAGCAGCAGUUAUUCUUUCCUGUGUCGGUGUGGUUGCUAGUGCCAGCCUUUAAUCUAAAUUAGACCUCAAAAGGACGAAUCAGAUACCCUUUUGGAGCUGAUUCGCACUCUCCCUUAUCUGAAGGAGGUUUUGAGUCACUCUUCGGUCUACAGAUAUUUUAUAAAUGUACUUUUGAUUCAGUACAACUUAUUGUCUCCUC